AGUGAAUAAUACCUCCAAUGAGGCGUGACCAAGAACACAAACGCAACCAAUCACAGCGUAGCAAGCGCAAGCAACGGGUCCAUACUCCAGAAGUGAGGUGUCAGUUUCUGCCGUAGAUGAAUGAAUGGAACAGCAUAUUCAAACUUUGACAAUCAAGAACACGUCCUCAAACUAGGCGAAACCUUUGAAAAACAACCUAAAAGUGCAUUCCACACGGUACGAUAUGAUUUCAAACCAGCCUCCAUAGAUACAACAUGUGAGGGGGAGCUGGAAGUUGGCAAAGGAGAGCAAGUUACAGUCACACUACCGAACUUAGAGGGAUCCAUAACACCUGUUACCGUAUUUAAAGGUUCCAAAAGGCCUUACAUGAAAGAAUGUGUUCUCAUUGUAAACCAUGACACGGGAGAGUAUCGUCUGGAGAAGCUCAGCAGCAACAUUGCAGUCAAGAAGACCAGGGCUGAGGGAAGCAGUAAGAUUCAGUCACGGCUGGAGCAGCAAACCAGCAGGCUCAGUCAGCAGAUGAAGACCGGAAGUGGAAAUAAGGCUCCGUCCAGCACCAAAAGCUCUCCUCCCAAGGAGAAAAUGUCCCCAUCAUCUCCCAUGGAUGAUAUUGAGCGAGAGCUGAUGGCUGAAGCGCGUGUCAUGGAUCAGAUGAGCAGUGGAGACAGCUCCUCAGAUUCCCACAGUUCCUCGUCCUCCAGCAGCGGGGAGAGCUCCAGCAGCAGCGACUCAGAGAAUGAGGAUCGCCCCACACAUAAUUUGGCCCCAGCUCCCCCACAGAGCACCUCUGCCCUCAACACAUCUCAAAGCCGUGUGGAGGAGAGCAGCGGGCUUUUAAUGAACACACUUAAAAAUGAUCUCCAGUUGAGUGAGUCUGAGAGUGAAAGUGAUGAUGACUAACCGCAAAGACACGUGGGACACCUGAUGCUGAAAGAGGGUUAGGUGUUCAGGAAGACCUUUCUCUUGUUAAAACUCUGUGAUACCUGAAUCCAAAUCCCUGUUCACUUCCCAGUUAUGAAAUCUUUUUUUCCCCCCAGAUUCUUAGUAAGACUUGCAUCAGUAAAAACAGUGUAAUUGGACACACACCUGGGGGGGGGUGCUGUAUUAGUAAAUUAAGAAAAAGUAUUUAUUUUAUUUUGUUGAGAAUGCUAUUGCAUAGAUGUUAGUUUUAUAGGAAUGUCCUAUAAUUGCUUCCUCAGAGGUUAUAGAAAUAUAUCUGUUUGUGAAAUAACUGUUUAGAAAGAUCAUCACGGUCUUCAUAUCUCUGUGUCUCUGUGUGUGUGUGUGUGUGUGUGUGUGUGUAUUGAGGCUUAAGAUACACAAGCACAAGUGAUUCAGUAGCAUAUUAUAAGGAGUCUUAAAGAGCACCAGUGCAUUAAGGUGCCAAAGUCAAUCUCAUAUAUUUACACAUUACCCAACCUGCAAUACUUGAAUUUGUCUCCCUUUUGAUGAUUCAGAGACAUUUGCUUAUAACAAACUGUGCUUUGAAUAUAAGGUGUAUUUGACUAUCCAUCCCAUUCUCUUGUGUUUAAGUGCACCCAUUUUUUUAUUAUUAUUUCCUAAAAAAUGAUAUCCAUUUAGAGGUUGAAGUCUCUGUUGUGUGUGUCUUACUGGACGCCUCUGGAAGGCCCAUAACCAACACUCACUCUUAAAGGAUGUCUUUAGCCAGCCCUUCUUGAGCACUAAUUUCAAAAUAUGACGUGCCAUUCAAUGUAAUGUAGCAGGGUUGACUGGUGUGGUAAAUGUAGUUAUAUGGGAGGUGUUUGAUCAUUAAGAUUGUGUGUAGAUUAAUAAAGAUUUAUUUUGUGACGUUUA